AUGGAUAAUUCACAGUAUAUUGGUGAAAGUAGUCCACUUUCUCUACUAUUUGAGUCCAGAUUUAUAUUUCUUAGUACAAUUGGUAAUUGUGAAUUUAUUUUCGAUGUAAAGGACAUGUGCUACGUUGAUGAACAGGCUAGUGUUAAGAAUGUGACGCCUCUUCAAUUACCAAAGCGGGAAUACUGUAACAUCUUGAUUAAAUACUUUGAGGUAAAUAUUAAUCAAACUUGGUACGUUUUUGAUAUGGAUUAUCUCAGAUCGAACAUAGUUGACUACAUCUAUGAUAAUCCAAUUGGAGCAACUACUGAGAAAAUGUGUUUGUUGCAUUUAGUUCUAGCAUUAGGAUUCUUAUUUGCUGAAGGGGCCAAGAGCGAUAUUAUUGACGAAUUGGAGAGAUAUUCUGUUAAUUCAGAAUCAUUCUUUCAAAGCGGCUAUAGUCUUAUGAAAUUGUCUAUCGACGAUGGAAAAUUUUGGAUGAUAGAAGCAAACUUCUUGAUUUACUUUUAUUAUCAAUCUACUUAUAAGCGGAGUUCCUCGUGGUUGACAUUAGGGAAUGCAAUAAGAAAUGCCCAAGCAUUAGGCUUACACCGGAAGAAUAUUAAUGAAUCAUUCAAAGACAACUCCUACAUAAACCAUAGAAGGAAACUUUGGUUGAGCUUGUUUGUUUGCGAUAGGAUAUCAUCAAUUCUACUGGGUAGACCACUCAUUAUAAAUGAUUACGAUUGGGAUGAUUUCGAGAGCGACUAUCUCAAUGAUCCUAACUGCAAAAUCGAGCAGAAGCACCGUUUGAAAGGUUUAUUUGAAGUUGGAAAAUCAGCCAAGGUAAAUGGAAAGAUCGUCCAUAGUCUUUAUUAUGAAGAGAUGAUGAAAACUUCCGAGGCAGAGAAAUUGACUACAGAACUAAACUUGCUAAUUCUGCAACUACCCGAAGACCUCAGAACCAGUAAUAUAUUGAAAAAUAGUUCUAAAUGGUCCGAUGAUUAUGUUGUAUUGCUAGUUCAUCAAUCCCACUUGUACGGGAGAAUGUUACUUGGAAAAACUUUCCUAGUUAAUAUUGCUUUCAAGAAUACAGAUUCAAAGAGAUGUAACGAUUCAUUUUGGAAGAGAAUCAAGGAGAUGAAUGCAAUGCAGAAUUUCUUAACUUCUAGCAUACAAGCAUCUGUGCUUACUAUUAAAUUAACUUUCCAUUAUUUGAAAAACCACAAAUAUCCCAGAGUUGAGCUGUACACAACUGUCCAUUGUUGCUUUAUGGCUUCAUUGAUAUUGGGUCUCUCUAUUCUCCAUAGAAGAAUUGAUGUUGAUUACAGUGAUAGUUAUUCAAUCCUGUUUUUAAGAGAAAUGCUAAAUGUUGGGACCUACAUAACGAAAUAUUAUGGUCGUUUGAGUCCUGUGUCAGAGAAAUUCUCUGAUAUAUUAACAAAAAUGAAAUGUUCAAUAGAAAAAACGUUCGAAACUGUAGAUGAUUCG